AAAAAAAAAAAAAAAGGCAGAGAAGGGAAAGAAAUGAACGUGCACGAAAAAAGUCCCGCGUCUUGACGGAUGCCCUGAAGUUCAGAAAGUUUUUCCAAUGCGCGCUUCGGCGAAGAGAAAGAGAGUGAAAGAGUGAGCGAGGUGGCUGCAGAGACAGUACCGAGGCCCUGGACGAGAGCUGAACAUUUUGUGGACUUUUUUUUUACUCUCCUUGGACUCUUUUUUUUUCUUUUAAAGCUAGGAAAAGAAACUUAAAGUGGAUUUGUGCCGUUUCGGAUCUCUCGGUGGUGCUUUUCGGUCGUCGGCGGAAUAAUCACCAUGCAGGCGCGCUACUCGGUGUCGAGCCCUAACUCUCUGGGCGUCGUGCCGUACAUUAGCGGCGAGCAGAGCUACUAUCGCGCGGCGGCGGCCGGCGGCGGCUACGCGGGCAUGGCGGCGCCCAUGAGCAUGUACUCGCACGCCGCGCACGAGCAGUACCCGGGCGGCAUGGCGCGGGCGUACGGGCCGUACGCGCCUCAGCCGCAGCCCAAGGACAUGGUCAAGCCGCCGUACAGCUACAUCGCGCUCAUCACCAUGGCCAUCCAGAACUCUCCGGAUAAGAAGAUCACCCUGAACGGGAUCUAUCAGUUCAUCAUGGAGCGCUUCCCCUUCUACCGGGACAACAAGCAAGGCUGGCAGAACAGCAUUCGCCAUAACCUGUCGCUCAACGAGUGCUUCGUUAAAGUUCCGCGCGAUGACAAGAAGCCGGGUAAGGGCAGCUACUGGACGCUUGACCCGGACUCGUACAACAUGUUUGAGAACGGCAGCUUCCUGCGACGGCGGCGUCGCUUCAAGAAGAAGGACGCUCUGAAAGAGAAGGAAGACCGGCAGAUCAAGGAGGCCACGUCCUCUCGCCAGCAGCCGCAGCAGCAGCAGCAACAGGGCCGCGAGCAGCAGGAGCCGACUGCUGCGCCACCAGUGCGCAUUCAGGACAUCAAGACGGAGAACGGUGCGUGCACGCCGCCGCAGGCCGUGUCACCCGCGCUCGGUGCGGUUCCCAAGAUCGAGAGCCCUGACAGCAGCAGCAGUAGCAUGUCAAGCGGCAGCCCGCACAGCGUGCCGUCAUCUUCAGCUCGCUCCGUGGGCCUGGACGGCGGCGGUGCUGGAGAGCCGCAGCAGCAGCAGCAGCAGCAGCAGCAUCACGCACACCACCAGCAACAACACCCACACCACGGCCACGGGCACGCGCAGGGCUUCAGCGUGGACAACAUCAUGACCUCGUUGCGCGGCUCGCCGCAGGGCGCCGGGGACCUCACGCCGUCUCUCGCGGCCUCCACGCGGACAGGUAUAAGCCCUUCGUUGUCCCUUAACUACUCGCCGAGCCAGGCGGCCGCGUACAGCUCGCCCUGCAACCAGAGCGCCGUCUCCACUACCUCGCACGCCACCUACCACUGCAACAUGCAGGCCAUGAGCUUGUACGCGGCGGAGCGCGCCGGCACCACCGCCGCCAGCACCACCUCGGUGGACGAGACUUUGCCCGACUACUCCAUCACGACCACCGCCGCCUCGUCGUCCUCGCUGGGCCACGCCGGCCACCUUGGCUCAGGCCAGGAGGGACACCAUCCUCACUCGCAUCAGGGCCGCCUCGCCUCGUGGUACCUGAACCAGGCCGGAGACCUGGGCCACCUCGGCGCCACCUACCCGACACAGCAGCAGAACUUUCACUCGGUGCGAGAAAUGUUCGAGUCACAGCGGAUCGGCUUGAAUAACUCCCCGGUGAACGGAAAUAACAGCUGUCAGAUGUCCUUUCCUUCCAGCCAGUCCAUAUACCGCGCGUCUGGGGCUUUUGUCUACGACUGCAGCAAGUUCUGACCAAAAGUCCACUUUUGUGCGAUAUUUUUUUUUUUAUAUUUUAUUUCCCCCUCAUUUCCCCUUUCUUUUUUUCUCCAUAAACAGAGAAUCUUUGAUACUUAUUACCCUCUCCUCGCCAUGGACUGAACACACAAACACAUGGUGUGGGUUUAUUAUGGACAGUGUUACUGCAAAUAACACGUAAGUCUCCUUUUUCGCUUUUGCGAGCUAUAUGCUUUGCUUUAAAAAAAAAAAAAAACAAGAAAGACAAAGAAAAAAAAACGCCAGCUUUUCACGGACUUGUUAUUACGUGUAAAUUGCAUAUAGUAAUUUAUUUCUGAAAUGUAACCGGAAUAUUAUGGACCAAACACCCGAACCGUUUUGUUUCUAAAACUGAGUUGCCUUUAAUUGUGCAGAAAUGUUCCAUUAUAACAAGGGAACAGAAACGUGUAUAUCGCAAUAUUCAUUCAAAUUAUCUCAUUUUGUUGAAAAAAAAAAGUAUUCUGAAGGAUCUGCAUUCUUUGUUUAAUAAAUUACCAUUUUAUUUGAGUUAAA